CUUGUGUUUGCCCGGCUCUGUGUAUUCAGCCAGUAGGCUCCGGGUGAGGAAGCACAGGGCAGCCUGCCCAGCUCAGUUGGCAGCUGGGCACUGGGCAGCACCAGCUGGAGACACGGCACUCUGAGCAGAAGCAGCUCCAGGUGACACCAGGGGACUGAAGACACUCCCACCAGGGGCUCAGCAGGAACAAUGGGUAACCAAAUGAGUGUCCCCCAAAGGACUGAAGAUCAAGAGAAUGAAUCGGAAACAGAUACUCACAAGGGGGCAUCUGGGAGCGGGUGUGCUCAGAACGGGAUGCCGGUGAUUAUAUCAACCCACACGGUUCAACUCUACGACGAAGUUGAUCUGGGAAUAAGUGUCCAGGAGGAUAAUGUGGCCACUUCUUCUCCCAAGACAAUGGAGAUCAGCGCUGUUGCGGAUGCCAGCGGAAAGAAUCUUGGGAAGGAGGCCAAAGCCGAGGCACCAGCUGCUAAAUCUCGUUUUUUCUUGACACUCUCUCGGCCUGUACCAGGACGUACCGGAGACCAAGCCACGGAUUCAUCCCCUGGGUCAGUGAAGCUUGAUGUCAGCUCCAGUAAAGCGCUAGGGAACAAAGACCCGAGUGAGCCCAUGGCACUUCCGGUGGCAGCUGCAUCGGGGCGAGACCCAGAUAAAACCCCCGGGCAGACCCCGGCCCAACGUGAGGGCCUCUCUGCCCCGUGGGGACCAGCGCCGAGUCCACCUGAGGCCGGGGGAGCAGCCCCCUCCAAGCCGAAGGACUCCGGCUUCUUUGACAAACUCUUCAAACUGGACAAGGGACGCGAAAAGGCACCGGGGGCCGGCCAGCAGGAAGCCCGGAGCGCGGAGCAUCACGCCCAGGCCAACGAAAGUCCUGCAUUAUCCCCGCAGGCAGACGAUGUCUCUGCAGAGACGGACCUAGUGGACGGCAAGGGAAACGCAGGACAGGCAAUCCCAGCUGAGAGCUGCUCUGUCCCCAGGGACCCUGCAGAGCUGGAGAUUGCAAAGGAGGAGCCCCCGACAGAGAAUAAUAACUCCAUCAUGAGCUUCUUUAAAACUCUGGUUUCGCCUAACAAAGCUGAAACAAAAAAAGAUCUGGAAGACACGGCAUCCAAAGCAGAAAAUGUCUGUGAUGGACCAGCGGGGCAGAAGACAUCCGAGAUCCAGGCUAAAGGCGCCAAGAAAAAGCACCUGCAUAGCCCCAGGCUAGGACUUGCCUUUAGAAAAGUCUUUAGGCAUAAGGGCGCCGAAAAGUCACCCUCCGCUUCAGCCGACCUCAAGUCGGACAGAGCCAACGUUACGGCCCAGGAGCCUCAGGGGGCCGCCAAGACUUCUACACCCACCGAAACAGCAAAGGAAGGCGCCAAGGAAAAGGGGGGCCCCGCCUCUCUGCCUCUGAGCAAACUGUUCUGGAAAAAGUCAGUUAAAGAGGAUUCAGUUCCCACAGGUGCAGAGGAGAAUGUGGUGUGUGAAUCACCCGUAGAGGUUGUAAAGUCCGAGGAGGUAGAAUCCGCCCUACAAACCGUGGAUCUCAACGAAGACGAUCACACCCCUGAACCCGCAGAAGCGACGCCCAAGAGGGAAGAUCGCAAAGCACCCAGACCCUCCCUGACGGCGUUUCUCAGGCAGAUGACAUCGGACGCCACGGAGAAGGCCGUCCCGCCGCCAGAGCCGGACCCGGCAGCUGCCGCCCCGAAGGGCAAAGAGCCCUCCUCCAAGGACAAGAAGGCGGCCACCGAGCCCAACAAGCAGAAGAGCAACAAGCAGGAAGCCAAAGAGCCGGCCCCGAGCGCGGAGCCCGCCUCGGUGGAGGCCAACUCGCUGCCGAAUGGGGACAAGUCCCAGAAGAGACCCGAGAAGCGGCGGCAGUCCCUCGGGGGCUUCUUCAAGGGCCUGGGACCAAAGCGGAUGUUGGAUGCUCAAGUGCAAACUGACCCCGUAUCCAUCGGACCAGUUGGCAAAUCCAAGUAAACAAAUCACCUUGGUUCCCAAGUUCUGCCACCAAGAUGUCUUCUUCCUACUCCCCAAAUCCACUCCGUGUACAUAUCUUUUCUGCUGAUGGCCAUGAUAUGAAAUUCUGCCUACACAUUAGGUCUGAGCUGUUGUAUAUUGAGGUGUAUUAUUUACGUCUCUGGUCCAGUCUUUCCUGGUAAAUAGUUGUAAAGAUGGUUUAGCAGGUUAACUAGCCAGGUCAGAAGGGUUGAUGGGUGCCAAGCAGGGUGGGAGAGGGGUGGAGGGCUGCAUUCUGGUUAGGUCAUGAAAAAUGACAGUGACAAGUCAGUUACAGAAGGAAAAAUGCCUGCUGGAAAGAAUGAAGCUUGGUAGUAAAUACAUGCUCAUCCUCUAAGCUUGAGGAGAGAAGUAAGUUCACGUUUCAAGGAGGGAGAACGUUGUUGUGGGCUCUGUGUUGGGAGGUGGCCAAUUUUCUGGAAUGGAAUGUGUGGGGAAUGAAAAAAGAAUGAAUAAGAAUUGUUUUUCAAAUAGGAUCCUUGAACGUUAUUGACAAGAGGGAAAAGAUUGACUGGAGAGGGCUUGAAAUGAUUUGGGAAAACAAUUGCUUUUUGAGGCUCAGUGACCAAGGCGAGGAUUCCAACUUGAAAAACAAAACAAAACAAAAUAAAUGAAGUUGCAGAUUUAUUUUGCAACACUAGGGGGCGCCAAGGUCUCCGUUUUAAUCCUGCAUCCUGUAUCCCUAACAAAGAUGUGGUCUCUGCAAUCUUACAUUAUUAAUGUUUCUCAGAUGGCUGAGGGGCUUGCUUCAUCUGUUCUGUCUGACACUUAUCUCAAGUCUGUCUGUAAUUUCCUAAUGUUCUCAGGAUGUGCUCUGAUAAAACCCUCCCCCUAACCCCAGUUAAUAAUAAAAAUUUAUAGAAGAUUA